AUGGCGCCGCGCUGUACCUACCCGGCGCUCCUGGCAGUUUCCGUGCUGAGUUUAGCGCUCUUAGCGGCGUUUUAUGCGUCAGACUCAGUAGUGCGGGGGCUGGCGGUGUCUCUGACGGCUGCUGCCGCGUUGCUGCCGCUGUGGGGCCGCAGGCUGCGGCGGCGGGACGAUGGGACGCACCGGCGGGUCUGCGUGCUGGUGCUUGGGGACAUCGGUCGCAGUCCUCGGAUGCAGUAUCACGCUUUAUCCCUCAGUAAACACGGAUACCACGUGACUUUCGUGGGGUUUUUAGAAACGAAACCUCAUCGAGACGUGUUGAGUGAGGAGAAAAUCGCCGUAGUGCCCAUCGCAGAGGUGAAAGGUGUUCAAGCCGGACCAAAAGUCCUCACGUAUGUGACGAAGGUGGUGGUUCAGUCUCUGCAGCUGCUGCGUGUCCUGCUGACGAUGGAGCUGCAGGAACAUGUCCUGAUGCAGAAUCCUCCUGGUCUCCCCAGCAUCGCAGUGACCUGGUUUGUGUGUGUCCUGCGCGGCAGCAGAUUCAUCAUCGACUGGCACAACUACGGCUACACCAUCAUGGCGCUGAGCCACGGUCCGACGCAUCCCGUGGUCCGCCUGGCACAGUGGUACGAGCGCUUCUUCGGCCCACUGGCCUCCCACAACCUGUGUGUCACCAACGCCAUGAAGGACGACCUGCAGAAAAACUGGGGCAUCAAGGCGAUGACUCUGUACGACCGGCCGGCCUCCAUCUUCAGGGAGACGCCGCUGAAGCUGCAGCACGAGCUCUUCGUGAGGCUCGCCGGCGUUCAUCCUCAGUUCAGGUCUGAAGAGGCGGAGGCGGAGAGGACCAUCCUCUCAGUUCGUGACCCCGCUGACGGCACCGUGACCCUGAGGGCGGAGCGACCGGCGCUGCUGCUUAGCAGCACCAGCUGGACAGAGGAUGAAGAUUUCUCCGUCCUGCUGAAGGCUCUCGAAGAGUACGAAGGUUUCAUUAAGGGAGGAGCUUCGUUACCACCUUUACUCUGCGUGAUCACAGGUAAGGGUCCUCAGAAGGAGCACUACAUGAAGCUAACUGACUCGCUGCAUCUGGAGCACGUGAAGAUCUGCACCCCCUGGCUGGAGGCAGAAGAUUACCCUCUCUUAUUAGGCUCAGCAGACCUGGGUGUUUGUCUCCACAAGUCGUCCAGCGGUCUGGAUCUGCCCAUGAAGGUGGUGGACAUGUUCGGCUGCUGCCUCCCCGUCUGCGCCAUCCACUACAACUGUUUGGAUGAGCUUGUGAAGCAUGAGGAGAACGGACUGAUCUUCAGAGACUCUGCAGAGCUCGCCGAGCAGCUCAAGUCUCUCCUGUCAGGCUUUCCCAGUUCAGACGGCAAACUGGGAACCUUCAGGAGAAACCUCCGUGCCAACAGGGGGCAGCGCUGGGACGACAACUGGGACCAGAACGUCCUGCCUCUAAUCACUGCUCCGAGAUAACCUUGGAUCUGCUGGUUGUCCCUGGUG